CACAAACUGCCCGAGGGAGGGAGGAGUCGUCCUCGGGGUGUUCUCUGAGGUUUCCUUCCCCGUCCUCUAAGUCACCUGAGGUGGGGCUGAGCACCGAAUCAGGGCAGAGUGCUCCAGGGCCAGAGGAGGGGAAAGUCGGGGGGAUGCCCCGCUCUCUCCGCACCCGGGCGCAGGGGGCCGCUGCCUGCCACAGAAACCCCAAGAAGGCUUUCUUUUUGCCUAUCCAGAGCGUCUAUUGUGCGCCAGGCCCCGUGCGGGGCUGCUGUGGCGGGACAGGAGAGAAACGCGCGGCUCUGGCUGCAAGUGAACAGGCCUGGGGCAGCCCCCGGUCGAGCCCCGGGCCACACCGGGACGCCAGGGGCCGCUGGCGGGACGGGACUGGGGGCGAGAGUCCCGACUGGGCGCCGCGGCGCCAGCGCACAAACUGACGGCGAGCGAGAGGCAAACUCCUCAGGUGUCACCACGCCGGGAAGAAGCCUGAGGAAGCUCAGUCCUGCCGGUGAGAGAGGAUGUGGCCGCUGGACCCAUCCCAGAAAGAGGUGCUGAGAUUUGCAGUAAGCUGCCGCAUCCUGACCCUGACGCUACAGGCAGUCUUCAAUAUCAUCAUUCCAGAUCACCAUGCAGAUGCCUUUUCUCCUCCCCGCCUGGCCCCCUCGGGCUCUGUGGAUCAGCUUGUAGAAGGUCUUCUGGGUGGUCUGUCUCGAUGGGAUGCAGAACACUUCCUGUUUAUUGCUGAGCACGGCUACCUUUAUGAGCACAGCUUUGCCUUCUUCCCUGGCUUCCCCUUGGCCCUGCUGGUGGGGACUGAGCUGCUGAGACCCUUGCAGGGCCUCUUGAGCCAGCGCAGUUGCCUGCUGGUCUCAGUAGCACUUCUCAACUUCCUGUUCUCUGUGCUAGCUGCAGCUGCACUUCAUGACUUGGGUUGUCUGGUUUUGCACUGUCCCCGCCAGGCCUUUUAUGCAGCGCUGCUCUUCUGCCUCAGCCCUGCCAAUGUUUUCCUGGCAGCUGGUUACUCGGAAGCUUUGUUUGCCUUCCUGACAUUCAGCGCCAUGGGGCAGCUGGAGAGGGCCCGGGGCUGUGCCAGUGGGCUGCUCUUUGCUCUUGCCACUGGGGUGCGCUCCAAUGGGCUGGUGGCUGUGGGCUUCCUCUUGCAUUAUCAGUGCAGACACUUUUUUUCUUCUCUUGGGGUGCUGAACCCCUGGAAACAGCUCAUCAAGCUGCUGGCCUCUCUGUGCUUGGCAGUGCUCACGGUCAGCCUUCCCUUUGCCCUCUUUCAGUAUUAUGCCUACACCCAGUUCUGUUUUCGAGGCUCGGCCCGCUCCAUUCCUGAGCCCUUGGUGCAGUUAGCUGUGGACAAAGGCUACAGGAUUGCAGGAGAAAAUGAGCCCCCAUGGUGCUCCUGGGAUCUUCCUCUAAUCUACAGUUACAUCCAGGAUGUCUACUGGAAUGUUGGUCUUCUGCGGUACUAUGAACUCAAGCAGCUGCCCAACUUUCUCCUGGCUACCCCAGUGGCUGUACUAGUUGUAUGGGCAGCCUGGACAUAUGUGACCACCCACCCUUGGCUCUGCCUUACACUCGGGCUGCAAAGAAACAAGGAGAGUGAGAGCAGGGACAAGCCCCACCCUGGCUUCCUCAGUCCAAAGGUGUUUGUGUACCUGGUCCACGCCUCAGUGCUGCUGCUCUUCGGAGGUCUGUGCAUGCAUGUUCAGGUUCUCACUCGAUUUUUGGGCUCUUCCACUCCUAUUAUGUACUGGUUUUCAGCUCACUUGCUUCAGAAUCAAGAACCGCUGUUGAGAUCUCUAGACACAGCACCUCAAAAGCUUCUUGAGGGCAGCUCCCCACCAGGACAGAAGGCCCCCAGAAACUGUAUGCUGGAACUCCUAUACAACUGGAAGACCUGCUCUCCAGUCACAAAGUGCAUUCUAGUCUACUUCCUGACUUACUGGCUCCUGGGACUACUACUCCAUUGCAACUUCCUGCCUUGGACUUGAGCUGGAGUCUGAAGGGACAAGCUGGAAGCUGAUUCAACCCAGGGCCUGAAAGCUACAAGUCAUACUGGCCAGUCCUGCCUGCGCGUCCCCGACAGCACUGUCCGUUACGCAUCCUGUCCUCCAGGCUCUCUGGAGGCCAGUUAGGAAUUCGGACUGUGAGCACAGGAGCCCCUUCUUGUCCUGAGUUGUAGGGAAGUAACUUUUCACUGCUAAGUGGAGCUGUCUCAGAUCUCCCAGGUCAAUAAGCACCAGGCAAUCCUAAGCCUACUACUGACCCAUGUGUAAGUCUUGGGUUUUGUUUGUUUGUUUAGUUUUUGUGCUUGUUUUUUGAGAGAGGGUUUCCCUGUGUAGCCCUGGCUGUCCUGGAGCUCACUCUGUAGACCAGGCUGGCCUUGAAAUCCUUGAACUUGAGAUAACCACCUGCCUCUGCCUCCUGAGUGCUGGGAUUAAAGGUGUGUGCCAACACUGCCCAUCCCUGUGUGUAAAAUUAAAUUAAAUCUUUGAUCACAGCUCUAGCCAAUGGUGGAGACAGUGUAGUGACAGGAGGGAAAAGGGAGUGCCUGCUCUAAGAUGUUUUUGAAGUUUUCUUUGUAAUAUGGAUAUAUAUAUAUUUAUAUAUAUGUAAAUAUAUAUCCCUACAGAUUGAAAGUCUAAAA